GUACGCAAGUGACCGCGCCGCCAUUGUUUGGAUAGGUAGAUUGUGAGUAGAGAGCAGAGCAGUCCAUCCGCUCGCUCGCAAUGUCGUCCGAUUUCGACGAAGAAGACCAGAACGUCCCUUAUGCACAUCCACCAGGCCCGCCUCUGCUGGACAGAGCGGACAUCGUGCGGCUCAGGUGGCACGCCAGCGACCGGGCGCCGCUGCACGACAACCGGCAGCAGGUGCUGCUGGAGGUCCACGACGCGUCCGCCGCCGCCGCCGGCGACCGCCUCGGGCUGGAUCUCGUGGCCGUCCUGGACGUCAGCAAGAGCAUGAGGAAGAAGGACCGGCUGGGCAAGAUGAAGACCGCCAUGCACUUCGUCAUCAACAAGCUCGGGCCCAAGGACCGCCUCUCCAUUGUCAAGUUCUCCGAGGAGGCUGAGAGGCUGUGCUCGCUCCUCUCCGUCACCCCCGUUAACAAGCCACACCUCAUGAACAUCGUCGACAGCCUGCAAGUCAUCGACCCCACCAACAUAAGAGACGGCCUCGAGACCGCCCUCGGCGUCCUCGCCCGCCGACGCAUCACCGGCGGCCGCGUCGCCAGCAUCUUUCUCUUGUCCGACGGGGACGAGAACAUAGGGCAUGCGACCAACGUUGAUGUCAGUGAUGUGCCGGUCUACACGUUUGGUUUUGGUACUGACUUCGAUCCCAAGGUGCUGGACGAGAUUGCAAGGCGGAGCAAAGGAGGAACAUUCAACUUCGUAGAUGACGGGGAGAACAUGACCGAGCCCUUCUCGCAGAUCCUGGGUGGCCUCCUCAGCAUCGUUGUCCAGGACCUCAAGCUCAUCGUGUCCCCACAGCCAGGCGACUCCAUACUAGAGGACGUGGACUCCCGUCUCUACCAGCAAACACGGGACGACAACUCCGGCGCGGUAAUCGUCCAUUUCGGCGAUCUCUUCGCCGGAGAAAUACGCAGGGUUAUCGCCCACAUCCGCCUCCCUGCCGUCGGCCAGAAGAAGAACGCCACUGCCAUCGUCGCCCAGUGCUCCUAUAGUGUUCGGGGACAACCUUUCUACUCCCGUAGACUGCCGGUCCCUAUGCGCCGCACCCCAACCGGAUCGGCUGACCCGAGCCGCACGAUGCCGGGGGGGCUGAGGACCGAGCGGGCCCGCCGGCAGCACGUAACCUUCCUAGACGAGGUGCGUACGAUGGCGGACGGCGGUGACCUCCACGGCGCCCAAGGGAAGCUGGUGGAGGCCAGGAACGAUAUUGCACAUGAGCAGUCCAACCCCAUGAUCGACUUCCUCAGGGCCACGCUGGACAAGCUCAUGGCGCUCAUCACGUCGCCGGAUCAACACGCCGGCUUCCGCGCCUACCUGCGGUCGCUCAGGACGUCGCAUGACCGCGAGCGCGUGGCGGCCACGGGCGACGUCAAGGGCGUCAGGCUCUUCGAGACGCGGCACACGAGUGCUUUCCGGGGGCAGGCCAAGCGGUUUGAGAAGCAGGCCACCAUGGGGCAGCGGCCGCCGGCCCACCACGGCUCCAACUUCAACGAGGAGGACGACACGAAUAGACUCAGACAAAGAGAAGAGGGCCGCACGCGCAUGGAGAGGCCGGUUGCGGUGGAGGCGAGGAACAAUAGGCCCUGGAAGACCUGGUGGGGGGACGACGACAAGCGGCACAGGAGCUCCGCCAGGUCCACGUCCGCGUGUGCGUGGGUGCUGUGCAUCCUGUGCGUGCUGCUCGUCAUCGGCGCCAUCGUCCUCGGCGUCCUGCUGUUCGCCGUCUACAACCACAAGAUGCCGUACCUGGCGGUCGCCGACGCGCAGCUGGGGGCGCUCCAGUACGCGGGCCAGGACGGCACCGUCCAGAACCUUCAGCUCUCCAUCGCCUUCCUGGCCAUCAACAAGGACUCCAGGGCGGACGCCUCUUUCUCCCGCGUCAACCUCGCCCUCAAGCUCCAAGGAGUCGACAUGCUUCUCUUCCGUGCGCCGCCGUUCGUGGUGCCACCGGAUAGCUCCAUGCCGCUGCAGUACAACGACGUGGUGUCCACGGGGCGCAGGCUGGACAAGGCUGGGAUGCGCUCCAUGGACAAGUCGCUCAACGCCGGCGUCGUGCCGUUCGACCUCCACGGCAAGGUGCGCACGCGCGGGAACACGGGCAUCUUCCAGAACACCCAGUUCUGGACGCGCUUCUCGUGCCGUCUACGCUUCUUCUUCCCCGGUAACGGCACCGUCCUCCCCGCAGACCGCCGCAGUUGCCGCUCCAGGUGGCCGUAGCGGUUAGAUUCUCCAACGCUUCCGCUUUUAAAUGAAGCAAAAACACACAUGUAUGUGUAUACCCCACCUGCAAGAGCCAACUCUGUUAACCUAGCACGUGUAAAAUACGUUCAUAAAUUAUUAGUAACAUUUUAUGGCGGAGACCGCCCUCCGCAUCGAGGGAGCCAACCCUAACACCGCCACCCUCCUCCUUCCCCUUUCCUCGCCUUUGCUGCC